AUGAAUGAGGAGCUAAAGAAAAUAAAUUAUAAUGAAUACAAAAGAAGACUAAAAAAAUUAUCAGAAGAAAUAACAAAAGAAAAAAAAAAAAAAACAAUUCAUAAGGAUAAACAAAAUGAAAAUAUAUUAAAACUAGAAGAGGAACUAAAAAAAUUGAAUGAAUUAUACAAUGGAAAAAAUAAUGAUAAUAAUACAAUAAUAGAACAAAAUAACUAUAAUGAUAAUAAUAUGAUACCUGAUAAUUUAUAUUCAUAUAAUGUUAUUUCAAAAAAAUCCUUAAAAAAUAAAGCAAAAAUGAAAAAAAAAGAAAUGGAAGAAGAAUUAAAUGAGCAAUCAAGAAGUAAAAUUGGAGAAGAAGAAUAUAAUAAAUUGUUAGAAAUUUUAAAAAUUAAAAAUCAAACAAUUUAUUCUAUAGCACCAGAUGGUAAUUGUUUAUAUGAAUCUAUUAUACACCAACUUAAACAAAGAAUUAAAAAUUUUAAAUAUUCUAAAAACAACUUUUUACAAAUUAUAAAUCAAGACAACUUUUCAUUAAAUAUUAUAGAUUUAAAAAAUUAUCAACAAAAUAAGCAUAUUUUAGAUUUUUCGAUUUUUGAAAGUUUUGAUCCAAAUCAUUUAACUAGCGACAUACUGAGGUUUAUUACUUCAGUAUAUAUAUUACAAAAUAGUGAUUUAUUCGCCAAUUUUAUUUAUGAAUAUACAGAACAAGAUAUUAAUGAUCCAUGCUAUAAUUAUUGUCAACAAAUUAUGAAUGGAAUAUAUGGGAGUGAAAUUGAAAUAACAGCUUUGUCAAAUAUUUUGAAGAAAAAAAUUACAGUACAAGAUAUAAAUAUGAGUGUAUCAUAUGGGGAAAAUUAUAAAGAAGAAUUAUUUAUAUGUUUCCAUCACAAGCUAUAUACGCUGGGAAAGCACUACAAUUCUGUUAUAGACUUAUGA